GCGCACAGAGGGGUGUUUGUUCGCAGCGGGCGGCGGGGAGGAGAUAGAUGCUAAUCGCCGCGGAUCGCCGGCCCCAGCUUAAGGUCUCCCCUCUGUCACCCAGGCUGGAAUGCAGUGGUGCGAUCACAGCUCACUACACACUCAGUUCAGCACACAGGAAUCAGAGUCGAAGAAGAAAAAAACCAAGGAGCAGACUGAAGUUCCGAGAGGUCACCCAGGCGGCUGCGACCAGAACGGCCCCCGGGUCUCCAGGUGCCCCCCGGCCGGCCCGUGUCCGUUCAGCUCCUGCCUCCCGGCCCUGGGGCCUGCGCUCCCCGGGGCCAUCCUGGGCCCUCCCGAGCUCUGGGCGGGUCCAGCCCCCGCCUCCUGCGGCCCCCGCGGCUGCAGAGCUGCCCGCGCCUCGGAGGAACCAAAAAAAGUCGGCGCGUGGUGCACGCGCGAGCGGCGCUGGGCCCGGCGCUGCCGUUUUUAGUGUGCCUGGAUCCCAGAAUAUAGACUUCAUCACCCCCAAGAAACGCGGCCAUAAUAUUUUUGGUUACAUAAGCAAACGAAAUUAGAAAUUUGGAACGUGUUCAAGACCUUUAGAUCCGAGCGCUCCGCAGCGCGGGGGACCAGGGGAGAGACAGAUGGGGAUUAGGCGAGUUGAGCAUCAGGAGAAUAAUUUCCUCUUUUAAUUUGGGUUCCAUCGACAAGUAAAACAGUAUUAGCCGCCCGGUUACGUAACCGGCGCCAGAGCCGGCUCUGAUAAGCGGCCGCAGCGAGCCAGCCCGGCCCUGCGGCCUCUGCACCCCCCGGCCGGGCCCCGACGGCGGGGGGAGGGCGGGCCUGCGGACCUCACCACGUCAGCCAGCCGCCGGGCUGCUAAACAGGGCUAUUGUUAGCUGGGCUCGUCACAGCCGUUCUCCGAGAGCUCCAGCGAGUUGGCUCAGGCCACACAGCCCGCAAUUUGCAGGCAGGAGGAUUUGCACUCCUGGCUUGCUUGAAAGAGGCUCUCUCUAGGACCAGGGAGUGGAGUGUACCCCAGCCCUGCAAUUCCGUGGAGUGCUGAACGCUGCCUGAGGAUGCCCUUUGCAAGAUUGUAUACAAUAAUUAAAACUGGAAGUUGCCAAAAUAUUUGACGAUAUGGAGAAUGGUCACGUGAACUUUGCAGCAUCCAUACCAUCGCAAAUUAUAGAGCAUCUUUUU